UCAGUUUACAAGAUGAAAGUUCCAAGUUCUAUCAAUCUUUUUUUAAUUUUUUGGCAGCCUGCAUCCAAUGUUUGUUUACGUAUGAUUCGAGCUGAACAUCAUUUAUUUAUAAACCAUUCUAUUUUACGAGUUAACAAAAAAAAACCAUCUUGAGAAAAAAAAAGAAAGAAAGAAAUAAAACCUCCCAAUACAACUCCCUAAAAACUCUCUCUCUCUCUCUCUCUCUCUCUCUCUCUCCUUCUUCGCAAACACAAAUGUCUCCCUCUCGCAACAUCCCCGCUUGGCUCCGCCCUACCUCCGAUCAUCCUCCUCCUCAUCCUCCGCAGUCACCGUCUCCCCUAGUCUCCGGCGACCCGAACCUCACAACGUGCCUAUACCAAACGGAUCACGGCGUGUUCUACCUCACAUGGUCACGCACUUUCUUAGGAGGCCACUCUCUAAACCUCUUCCUCCACUCACAAGACUACUACAACCGCUCCUCCCCUCUCUCCUUCUCCUCCGCCGACCUCUCCCUCUCCUCCGCCGUCUCCUUCCACCUCAACUUAAACACACUCGCCUUCUGGCGAAGACGCGGAUCCAGAUCCGUCUCCCCGAAAAUCCAAGUCUUCUGGGACCUGACCCGCGCCAAAUUCGACUCCGGAUCCGAGCCUAGAUCCGGCUUCUACAUCGCGGUGGUCGUCGACGGAGAGAUGGGGCUGUUAGUCGGAGACUCGGUCAAGGAGGCGUACUCUCGCGUCAAAUCGGCGAAACCGCCGACGAAUCCUCAAGCUCUCCUGCUGAGGAAGGAGCACGUGUUCGGCGCUAGGGUUUUCUCGACGAAGGCGAGGUUCGGAGGGAAGAGCAGGGAGAUCUCGAUCGAUUGCCGCGUGGACGAGGACGCGAGGCUGUGCUUCAGCGUGGACUCGAAGCAGGUGCUGCAGAUCAAGCGGCUGAGGUGGAAGUUCAGAGGGAACGAGAAAGUGGAGAUCGACGGCGUUCCCGUUCAGAUCUCCUGGGACGUUUACAAUUGGCUGUUCCAACAGAGCAAAUCGUCAGGAGAGGGAGGGCACGCGGUGUUCAUGUUCAGGUUCGAGAGCGAUCCCGAAGCUGAGGAGGAGGAGGAACAAGAGAGGAGUAAAAAUAAAAACGACGUCGUUGUGUGGAAGCCGAAGCCGAAGCCGAAGCAGAAGCAGUGUGGGAGCAGCUUGGGGAUUAAAGGGAUCGCCGAGUGGAGGAAGAUGAAGAGGAGGUUCGUUAAGAGCAAGAGGAGCUCUUCGUCUUCGUCGAUCUCCAUGUCUUCCGCUUCGUCGGCUUGCAGCUCGUCGGUUAUGGAGUGGGCUAGUAGCGCCGAUGAGGCCGAGUACGGCGGAGGAGGAUCUUCCGGUGCCGGCGCCGGCUAUGGUCUUGGAUUCUCUUUAUUGGUUUACGCGUGGAUUAAGUGAGAUUUUUUUUCAUGGGAAACAAAAAAGGAAAGAUACUGCUGCGGUCAAAGAAUUAUUUUGAAAAAUUUAUUGUUUUUAACGUUUUAUUUCCCACCAUCGUAAAUCACGGACGAAAAGAGGAAAUAUAUUGGAGUAAUUUUUUUUUAUAAUUCGUGUAUCUCUUAUUAGUAAAUUUAACACUAUAGAACUUGAUUAUUCUAUUUAAAGAAAGUUGAGAUUAUGUCAAAAAAGGUUGAUCAGUAUUUGAAUCACGGUGUCUUGUUGUUGUAUUAGUUGAGACUAUUGGUUGUUGUAUGUUGACUCCGGUGCCUUUUGGAUGAUAAUCAAACAGAUUGUAGCUUUGGAUUAA